AUGGGUUGUUCAGUAUAAAAAUAAAAAGAUGAAAGAUAUUAGUAGAAUAAUCUUGAAAGCAUUCUUUAAAUGUAGAUUAAAGAAUUAGUAUAAAAAUAAUAAUAAGGUAAAAUCUUAAUCUAUAAUUUAAGAAUAAUAGGAUACUUUAGGAGAUCAAGAUGAACUAUCAAUUUAUGAUUAAUCAUUAGAGAAGUAAGUAAAAGUUCCAAAAUUAAGAUAACCAAGUAAGCAUAUUAAAUAAUUAUUCAAGUUUACAAUACAAUAGUUUAAAGAAGAAAACUAUAAUAAUAUGAUGGGAUAGUAAAGUAAAAUAUAGAGUUACGAUGA